AUGCCAUUUGUGCUGGUGGAUGAAGAUGGUGGAUUUCAGAUAAACCCCGAUGCACGCGCCAUGCUGGAAAAAGUCAAAACGCGGAUCGUUGUCAUAGCUGUGGCGGGCCUUUACCGCACGGGCAAAAGUUUCCUACUUAAUUUGCUGGUUCAAGGUGUAUUGAAGUCGACUACCACGAAUUCGAGCCGUGUGGGCUUUGCUGUUGGUGGCACAGUGAAUGCAUGUACUAAAGGUAUCUGGAUUUGGGGAGCGCCCAUUCCCUUGGAUGGUGAUACUAGCGUGAUAUUCCUCGACACCGAAGGACUGGGAUCCGUGAAUCGCGAGCAAACACACGACACGCGCAUAUUUGCGCUGGCACUGCUACUCGCAUCAAAUUUUGUUUACAAUAGCCGUGGCGUGAUAGAUGGUAAUGCCAUUGAGGAUUUGUCUCUUGUAGUAAAUUUGUCAAAGCACAUUCAAACGUCAUCAUCGAAGGAGACCUUGGGUAAUGCCGAUAGACUGCACGAGUAUUUCCCAAGCUUCAUGUGGAUUGUAAGAGAUUUUACUCUGCAAUUGCUGGAUAAUGGAAAACCCAUUACCUCGAAGCAGUAUUUGGAAAAUGCGCUGCAGCCGACGGGAGGAUACAGUGAUGAUUCUAUAAAAAAAGAUCAAAUUCGAGCGCUGCUGAGUAGUUUCUUCAGGCAUCGCGACUGUGUGACCCUAGUCCGACCUGUGGACGAUGAGCAAAAGCUAAGAAAUUUACCUCAAGUGGCGUACGAUGAGCUGCGUGACGAGUUUCGAAGCAGCUUUGAGAGUCUCCACAAAAGACUUUUUAGCAAGAUUCAACCCAAGACUAUGUUUGGUAAGCCAAUAAACGGAGCAAUGUUCGUUAACCUGGCUGGAUCGUAUGUUGAGGCGCUGAAUAGUGGCAAGACACCCGUAAUUUCGAGUGCAUGGAGUCGCGUAGUACAGGCGCAAUGUCAUGAUGCAUUGGAAGAAGCUGUAGAGCGAUAUAAGGCUGAGUUGCGCGCGCGAUUGCGAAGCUAUGUAUCACCCCAGCAGUAUGAGGAAGAUGCUGAGUUUGAAGUCGAUUGUGAAGUAGAGCAAGACACUGAAAAGAAGGUGAUGAGCAGCGGUAUGAACAACGCCGUGUUUGAUGAGUUCGGAAAUCUUCAAUUUCUAGCUAUGCGCCACGAGUUUGAAUCGGAUGAAUCUACUGAAGCAGAUCUAACGGCACUGGAGAAUAGACUGAUUGCGGUCGUGGGAAUAGACGACGUGACGGAAGCUCCUUGCAACGACGUAAGGACUCGCUUGCCGUGCUCUGAUGUCAAGCUCAAAAAAGUGCAUCGCUUGUGCAAGCGCUUGGCUAAGAAGAAGUUGCGCGAAAUCCUCGACGAAGACUUCAGUGUAGAAAUUGAAUCUGGAAAUGAUCAUGAUUACAUGACCCAAUUUUAUGCGAGAGUUAAUGCAGAGUUUGAGAAAUAUCGUCAACAGAACGCGGCUGCAUCGAUGGCAUACUGUCGACAUUUGCUGAAUGGCGCUUAUGAUUCAAAAUCGAAGCAUCUGGUACACUCCGAUCAGCUCCAAUCAAGGUCAGCUAUGGAUUUAUUUCGUGAGACGCAGGUUUAUUUGCAAGAAGAAUUAGAUGCAAUGCACGAAAAGUACAUUGCAUAUGCGGUGGGUCCGUCUGCAGAUGCAGCUUAUUGCGAGUAUAUUAGCCAGCGUGUUCUCUCACAGAUUAUACAACGCACGGAGAGUACCAAUGCCGCACACAUGGCAGAAGUUCGCGCACUUGAAAAGCAGAUGAAUGAUCUCAGUGUGAAGGUAGCCGUUGCGCAUGGACAGGAAGGUGCAAUGCAAGAGCUUUCUGCUCAACAGCAUGAGAAAUGCAAGCUUGGGAUAAAGGAGGCCGAACAGCGCUGCGCAGUUGAGCUUGCUGGACUUCGCUCCACAUUAGAGUUCAAAACAAACGAGCUGGAGCACAUUUUGAAUCAUAAUGCGACUAUGAAGCGCCUGGCUGACACAGCACAACAAGGUCAGUAUCGUGCAACGGAGUUUGCAUCUUCAGCAUUUACACAAAUUCUGUGUGGUUACCUCAUUAAGCAACACAUGGCUCCUGGUGCCAAUGGCUCAGCACGUGCUAAGUGGCAGCAGCGAUACUUUGUUCUUCAAGGUCCACAGCUAAGCUUCUACGACACCAAGGAGGAUUACGAGCGCUGCCGCUCUGACAACCCGCUUAUGGACGUUACAGGUGCCGUAAUUGAAGAUAAUUUCGCAGUUCCAGAGGCGUUCAGUAUUUCUUUUCGUGACGACAAAUACUACCCCUUACAAUUACACGCAAAGUCCGUUGAAGUCAAGCAGGAGUGGGUGCUUAGUUUGCGAGCAGCUGCCGCUAGAUUCGCUACUCAGGACGGAUUGCGCAGUCUUGCUACCUCAAGCUCUUCCUCGGACAUGUGCAGCUCUGCGGAAGGCAGUCGAUACAAGCAAAUGUAG